UUCUCUCCUCCUUUCACAACUUCCAUCACUUGACUGAGCUGUCUAUCCAGACUCUAAAAGAAACUGAAGACACAGUAUCCAUGACCAACACGAUGACAUCAACGGUCCUCAUCAGCUUCCUGGCCUGUCUGCUCCUGGCCAAUGUUGAAGGCCAGGUGGGUCAUUCUAAAGCUCGGUGCCUGUGUCUGAAUGGACUGGUGAACCACGUUAAACCUCUUCACAUUGAGAAGCUCGAGGUGUACACCUCCAGCCACUCCUGCAGGAACAUGGAGAUCAUUGUCACUCUGAAGAACAGAAAAGGGAAGAAGUGUCUGAAUCCAGAGGCUCCAUUUGUAAAGAAAACCAUUAAGAAAAUAAUGAAAAAACAAAGGCGUGUGCAGUAAAAUGAAUGGCACCAGUUCAGAUGAGAACUUGAUAGAGAGAGAGAGCUGGAGGAAUGCAAAGAAGACUGCCUGAAGACUGUCUGAAGACUGCCUGAAAACUGCCUAAAGACUGCCUGAAAACUGCCUAAAGACUGCCUGAAAACUGCCUAAAGACUGCCUGAAAACUGCCUAAAGACUGCCUGAAAACUGCCUAAAGACUGCCUGAAAACUGCCUAAAGACUGCCUGAAAACUGCCUAAAGACUGCCUGAAAACUGCCUAAAGACUGCCUAAAUAUGUGUUUACACUGUUGAAUGGUACUUAGAAAGUUGUUUUUUAAAUGUACAAAGUCAGUAUCUGUUACACAAUAUGACUCACUAGUUGAGUGACAUUUCUAGCAUUUCCAAUGGAAAAAAUAAAAAAGCAUGUAAAUAUAAUUUUUUAUUAUGUAAUGUCAAGAAUAUAUGUAAUGUAUUUCUCAGGUUUUCUAUCAAAUAAAAAAAGAAGCAUUUGACUCUA